CUUAUUUAAACGGCGCCAAAUGUCCGAAACCCGUGUUUUUGUUUAUUCCCAAUAUUUGGGGAUGGAGACUGAACGUCGAUAGCAAACUUAUUUGAAAGGAAACCACAAUGAACGGACACAUUAUCAAAGGCACUCCUAUUGCAGUGGAUUUCUGGCAGAUUCGUAAAUGUCCUGAUGCUAAACUAUUUUUCCUGACACAUUUCCACAGUGACCAUACAGUCGGCCUCACAUCUUCUUGGAAUCAGCCAAUCUACUGCUCCAAAGUAACAGGAGACCUCAUUUGUAAAAAAUUUAAUGUCGCUCGAGAAUUAAUCCGACCUUUGGAGCUAAACACUCCGGUUUUAAUCCCUGUCGACGCUACGUAUACUGAGACGGUUACUGUCGUAGCAGUUGAUGCUAACCAUUGCCCCGGAUCAGUUAUGUUCUUGUUUCAAGGUUACUUUGGUUGUAUGCUUUAUACCGGUGACUUUCGGUAUGAACCUAAGGUAAUAACCGACUCUUAUUUGUCGUCACUUAGUUGUAGUGUUGAUACUUUAUAUCUCGACAAUACUUUUUGUGAUCCAAAAUGUGCGUUUCAAUCUCGUAGGCAAGCUAAAGACUGGAUUACGGAAUUGAUCAGUUAUUAUCCAGGACACGAUAUCAUUUUCGGUAUGAAAAGCUUAGGCAAACCAAAUCUACUCAUUGAAAUCGCAAAGCAUUUUCAGGAAUUUAUCGCCGUACCUCAGAAAAUGUUUGAAUAUUUUGAACUUAUCGAAACCCCUGAUGUUUUUCAAAUUGACACUGCUGAACAGGAAUGCCGAAUUCGGGUUGUUCCUUUUUACUUAGUAACAGAGAAGUAUUUAGAUAAAUUAACGAGAGAAACAAUUGCAAUAUUUCCAACAGCAAUUUAUGAAGGGCUUGAUGGCUCUCCAUAUUGCAACCAAAAUAAUAUUUAUGUGAUACCUUAUUCAGAUCAUAGCUCAUAUCCAGAGCUUGUAGAAUUUGUUAAAAGAAUUAGUCCCAAGCAAAUAAUUCCAAUUGUUAAAGCUAACACAAAAGGACCAUUUAAUAUUUCAGUAGCUCAUCGUGCAGAUAUGAGUUGUUUUAAUCAAUACCUUUCCACGAGUCCCAUCAAAAAGUAUACCAUGCCAACUUUCCUUAAAAGCUCCAUUGGAGAUAAUGCCAAAAAAAUUCUGUCCUCAGCUGCUAAAAAGAAAAUCCAAAGACAUGUCCUAAAACGUCAUAUUCCCAAAGGAGUUGUUUUUGAAUCUCCCACAAAAUCAUCUCCAACCAAACCAGAAGAGAAAAGCGAUCGCUUAGAACCAAAAAUAAAUGAAGAAAACCAUAAAAAUAUUCCAUCAGUCUCAGGGAAUUCUCCAAACAGUUCUAAAACUGACUCUAAUAGUAAGACUGUAGAAGCUUUACAAACGUCUUCCCUAAAUAUAGUAAACAAGAAUUCUGACUGUGAUAGACAAGAUACAGUAACAGGAAUUUCAAUUACGAAGACUCCAACUAAAAGUAAUAAGCAAAAAAAAGGCAUUGGAAGGAAUUCAGAAAUACCUGAUGCUUCAAAAGAAAAUUUUGCUGAAAAAAUUUCGUUAUUUGAAAAUCAAUCACAACAGAAUUCUGAUAAUAUUGAACAACAUGAGGACCCAGUCCCACUUUCUGAUCGAAAUGUAACCGAAAAUAUUUGCAGAACAAAUGUAAAUAAUGGCGAACGGUCAGAAAAGUCUUUAAAAAUAUCAACAACUACUGCAAACUGCAGACAGCAAUUACCAAUGAUUGAACAGUUAAGUGAAAUCUCACCAAGCAACAAAUUAGACAAAAGAAGGAAAGAAACUGAGAACGCCGGUGAUGAAGAAUUUGUUGCUGAAUCUUUAGAGGAUGACAGUUCAUCAUCCAACAGUAAUACAUCAACAAUAUAUUAUUUAAACGAACCAGAUGUAGUCGAAGAAAACACAGGUAAAAAAAAAGGUGUUUCUUCAAAGAAACGCAAACUGCCAUUGUCUGUUGGGCAACAUUCAAAAGACUACUCUAAACUCUUUAAGAGACCUAAAGAAGUCGCCGACGUUGAUUUUGAACCAGGAAGUUUUGAUUCUAGUUCGUGCGCUUUGCCAAGCAAUGGAAAUUGUAUAAUGGCAAAGCAGUCUAAUAAUCAAUGUCGGAGGCUUGUAUCUAGUUAUUUUGAACAGGAUAAAAACUCAGUUGAAAAUAACCCCUCUACAUCAAGAUCUUCAUUAGACUACACAACCAAACAUGUCCUUUCACGGUGUCAUGAACUGGAACCCUCUUUGAUUGAGAAGUAUCAAAAUAUUAUUGAGAAAUUUGUUUUAAAACAAAGAGAAAUUAAUUUACUUUGAAAAGAACCUUUAAAUAGAUUCUAUAAAUUUAUCAAAAUUAAAAUGUAAAUUAAUUACUAA